UGACCUAGCGUCCCUCCCUCAGUUAACACUAAAGCAUAUGCACGAUGUCCAGCAGGUGGACAUAGAAGUUCGGUGUGGGAUGACGGGUAUAGACGUCUCAGGUCACCGUUACAUCCUCCAAUCAACAACAAUAGCAAGUCUGUAGUGGGACAACGGAGAUAAUUUUAUUCUGAUAAAUAACUGGUCUGAUUUCAAUUUAGCGAGGAUCGGGUCAUCUUCGUUCUGGAAGUUUUCUCAAAUGGCCACAUGGCAGAAAAUCAAGCUCUUCUACCAAGGAGUACUAGAGAAUGGAGACAAGAGAACGGAGGGCUGGUUGCUGGUGUACUCGCCUGUGCCAGUCACCUGCAUCUUCCUGUGUUACCUGCUGCUCAUAUGGAUGGGACCUAAACUCAUGGAACACAGACAGCCAGUCAACCUGAAGCCUGUGCUUAUUGUUUACAACUUCGCCAUGGUCUGCCUGUCAGCUUACAUGUUCUAUGAGUUCACAGUGUCCGCCUGGUUGGCCAACUACAGUUUGCUGUGUCAACCUGUUGACUACAGUCACAGCCCGCUGGCAAUGAGAGUAACUACAACAGGCUCACGUCCUCAGUCAACAUCAAAGCUCACCAUUGUCCAUAUUAGUUCAAACAGCUCAUUGAGAUGUAUCUUCUUUGUGUGUGUGUGUUUGUGUGUGUGUGUGUUCCUGUGUUCUGGCUCCUGUGUGUGCCAGAUGGCUAAGGUGUGCUGGUGGUUCUAUUUCUCCAAAGUAAUUGAGCUCAGUGACACAGUGUUCUUCAUCCUGAGGAAGAAGAACAGCCAACUGACAUUCCUGCAUGUCUACCAUCAUGGCACCAUGAUCUUCAACUGGUGGGCUGGGGUUAAAUACGUGGCCGGGGGUCAGUCCUUCCUCAUAGGCCAGAUCAACUCUCUAGUCCAUGUGGUGAUGUACCUGUACUAUGGACUGGCUGCUGUGGGUCCUCACAUGCACAAGUUCCUGUGGUGGAAACGUUACCUCACCUCCCUGCAGCUGCUCCAGUUCCUCAUUGUGACGAUCCACACCACCUACAACCUCUUCACUGACUGUGACUUCCCGGACUCCAUGAAUGCUGUGGUAUUUGCUUACUCCCUCAGCCUCAUCGCUCUUUUCAGCAACUUCUACUACCAAAGUUACCUCGCCAAGAAGGCCAAGAAGAUAUGAGGGAGAUGAGAGCAAAUGGAUACUUAUUUAUUUGUCUUUACUAUGUGUGUCGUGUUUUUUCUAUAUUUAUUGAGUGUCUCAGUAAAGCUGUUGU